GAUAGGAUAUAAUGAUAGAUAGAUAGUCUGGCAGGCUGGGUGCAGAGUACGGCAGGGGACUAGUUUGUCUUGAACAGUACAGACUACAGACUAUCUGUAUCAGACUGUGUUGGAACCUUGAAUAGUGAAGAGCUCUGCGUCCCGCCAGCUCUAAUCCCUACCCUGAUAAACCAGCAAAACAAUCAACAGAACAUUCCACAAAAACCCGUGUUUGUUUUCCACCAUAAAGCAGUUUAAUAAACGUUAUACUGCCAGAACAUUGAAAACAAGUAGGAAAAAGUGAUUUAAGGCCCUCAUCAACAUUAAGGAGCAGACGUCUGGCUGCGUCAAGACGGGGAAAAAUGCGUCAAGGGACUUGUCAAAAUAUCCUGGUUCGAGAAAAUCAGAUGAAGGUCUAGACAGUUUUUUUUCUUCUUGUCUCAGUUCCAGACUGAAAGACCUAGAGUCGGUGUCAGACCGUGAUUUGCAACAUUCCAGGCCUAUAGGCCUGAGAAUACGUUAGGCCCUGAGCAAGGCAUACAAUCCUAGGCCUGAUUAACUGCAUUGCAUGCCGUCAAAGGAGUGUCGGGCCUGUAAAUAAGUAUUCACUAACUAACUCAUUAUUUUGGCGCAUUUUCAACAAGAAAGAAUGGAGGAUUUACGUUGCACUGAGACUUUUGGCGAGACUGUUUCCCCAGCUAGGAACCUCGGAGGAUACAUCACGCCCCUGGUUUGCCGGGCUUACAGGGACCCUGUCAUCCUAGAGGACACCAGGGUCUUUCAGAACAUGCUUGACAUAGAGGAGUUCUACGUGGCCGCCUCUAAUUACUUCCAGAAUACACAAACAGAAAUUAAGCCUCAUAUGCGUAAAAUAGUGACAGAUUGGAUGCUAGAGGUCUGUUUGGAUCAGAAUUGUCAUGCUGAUGUAUUUUUACUCUCCUGCAAUGUGAUGGACAGAUUUCUUUCACAAAUAAAUAUUAGAAAAAAUCAGUUUCAGUUGGUCGCAGCAGCAACAAUAUUUAUCAGCUCAAAACUUGUGGACCCCUGUCCCAUUACAGGGUGUGAUCUAAUAAAAUACACGGACAAUACUUACCAACUCACAGAACUGCUGGAAAUGGAAUUACUAAUUCUCUCCAAACUGAAAUGGGAUUUAUCCGCCGUAACUCCAUACGAUUUCCUGGAUUAUCUUCUCCGCCUUCUCAGUCAUGGAAACUCCGCCUUGUCCAACACUAGCUCCGGGUGGGGGGCAGACUCCUCCGCACUUCGGAGACAUACGGAGAACUUUAUCAUCCUUUGCGCCACAGAAUUCAGGUUUUCCAUGUAUCCUCCCAGUAUGCUUUCAUCUGCGGCGCUCGCUGCCGCUGCUCAUAGUCUAGAUGCUGGUGAUGGUGAAAUAAAUGGAGGAGGACUGGAUCUAGGACUUCUUGUUAAAAAACUCCAGGUCUACACCAGAGUGGAGAAUGACUGUCUUCAAACCUGUAUUCAGCAAAUUGAAGAUACAUUCAAAACAGCAUCGGAAAACGUCAACAAUAAAAUCAAAACACAAAAGCAUAUUCCAGCCAAUAGCAGUCCGUCCAAAGUAAACAACAACACCAAGCAGUCCAAGCUUGAACCAACCAAAGAAUUAGAUAACGUCACUGACAGAAAAUCUCAAACCCCGACAGAGGUUUUUAGCGCGGACUGGCUGUUUGUGGCAUAAAUCCGGCCAGCCGGGCACAACAGACAAUUCCAAAUCUUACCGAUAGGUGUCUCUGAAUACCAUGUGAUAAUUGUUCAAGAUUUCGGUGUUGAGUCCGGCGAAAGGGUUUUAUUAUUAUUCAUUCUGAUUUUAUCUAAAUUAAACUUAUUUUGCAAACCGAGAAAUACAUACAGAAAGUCAAUGUAUGCGUAUUUUUGUAAAUGUAUGAUAUGAAAUCAUUUCAUAUCGCCCGUUAAAGAGCACAAAUUUAGUAGAAAAUGUAAAUAUAUUCCUUUAUUUAUGCGUCAAGCUAAACUUAUUGUUUCAUUUCGAGACUUGGAAAAAUGCAGAGGAGACUGAAACUUUCUCAUAUUGUCUUUCAAUUUCAAGGCAUUUCUGAAUUAUAUUUCAAUAAAAACCAAAUAUUAUUAAACAGCACUGAUUCAACGGAAAAGUCACCAAGAAGUUACCAAACUAAAGAUUUUAAUAUCUUGAUAUGUCAGCUGACAUCUAAUUUUAUUUAUAAUGUAAUAUCUGUAUAUGAUGAAAAGUUUUAAUAAAAUAUUUUUAUAUUAA